UGGAAUGGAAUCAAAAUAAAACAAGCAUGAAAUGUUGUCUUGUAUACCGGGUGAAUACCAUUUGAAAUGUUACAAACUGUCCUAACCAAAAGUUGGUACUGUUACAUUAGGAAACUGAAUUAUGUUUCCCGAAGUUAUUUGCCGAACAUCCCAAAUCAUUACUACAGUACCAAACGAGAGUUGGAUGAUGCUUAUAAACCAUCGAUUGUUGAAAGUAAUAACCAGGCCGCCAGAGUUGAAGCGGUGACCAGCGGUAAUCGUGAUGGGCACAGAUUCAGUUUGCUGUUGCCCCCACCAAACGUAACAGGCGAUUUACAUCUAGGGCAUGCACUAACCGGCACCAUACAGGAUGUUCUUAUACGACACAAGCAAAAGCAAGGUUUUGAAACCCUCUGGAUUCCUGGUAUGGACCAUGCAGGAAUAGCAACACAAGUCGUGGUGGAGAAGAAACUACAGAAAGAGAGGCAACUUAGCCGACAUGACUUAGGAAGAGAGAAGUUCCUUGCCGAAAUUUGGGCUUGGAAAAAUGAUAAAGCUAAAAGUAUUAAACAUGAUUUGUGCCGACUUGGGAACCGCAUGGAUUGGGAGCGGGAAUAUUUCACAAUGGACGAGCAACAAUCCAAAGCCGUCAAAGAAGCUUUCGUACGAUUAUUUGAAGCUGGUCUCAUCUACCGAGAUAAAUCCUUAGUGAACUGGUCUUGCGCAUUGGAAUCGGCCAUUUCCGAUAUAGAGGUAGAUAGUAUCGAAAUCAAUGGUCCGACAGCGAUAGAAAUUCCCGGUUAUCAGAAAAAAGUGAUGUUUGGAGAAAUGGUUGAUAUUGCAUACAAAGUACAAGGCCGGCCAGAAGAAAUUGUCAUCUCGACGACUAGACCGGAAACGUUGCUGGGAGAUGUGGCGGUGGCAGUGAACCCAACAGAUAGUCGCUAUGAAUAUUUAAGGAACAACCGAACAAUGCUCUGGCAUCCCAUUCGUAGAGAAGAAAUUCCCCUGAUAUUCGACGAAAGUGUGGAUCCUGAGUUUGGAACGGGGGCAGUCAAAAUUACUCCAGCACAUGACCGGUACGAUUACGAUAUAGCAAAGAAACACCAUCUACCGUUGGUAGAAGUUAUCAACAGCAAAGGAAUGAUACACGAAAAUUUGGGUCCAUUCUCAAAACUGUCCAGAUACGAAGCUAGAUCUAAAAUGAUGGACUAUCUGGCAAAUCAAUCACUUCUCAGAAGAGUAAUGCCACACUCGAUGAUUUUGCCGAUUUGUUCUCGUUCGAAAGAUGUCAUUGAAUUUUUGCUACGGCCUCAAUGGUUCGUCCGUUGUCAACAAAUGGCCCGUCGAGCUAAGGAAGCGGUCGAAAGCGGGGAAUUGCAGAUGAUCCCGAAUGGUUUCGAGAAAGAUUGGAAUCGAUGGUUGGACAACUGUCACGAUUGGUGCAUCUCUCGACAACUCUGGUGGGGACACCGAAUACCUGCUUACGAGGUGAAAUCAACUCACAAUACCUAUUGGAUUGCUGCACGAUCUCUAGACGAAGCCAACCGUUUUGCUCAAGAACGGCAUGAUGUUGAAGAUGGCGAGAUUUCACAGGAUCCCGAUGUGUUGGAUACUUGGUUUUCAUCUUCGCUUCUUCCAUUCUCAUCGUUCGGUUGGCCCGACAAAUCAGAAGAUAUAGAACGUUUCUACCCUCUUGAUAUGAUGGAAACUGGUCACGACAUAAUGUUUUUCUGGGUAGCUAGGAUGGUAAUGCUAGGUCAACAAUUGACCGGUCGGUUGCCAUUCAAAAAGGUUCUGCUUCAUGGAAUAAUCUGUGAUGAGUAUGGCAGAAAGAUGUCAAAAAGCCUGGGAAAUGUGAUAAAACCAGAACACAUAAUAAAGGGUAUUUCAUUGGAUAAUCUUAACAGAGAAACGGAAAUAUCUCACCAGCAAGGAACACUUUCUGCUUCAGAGCUGAAAAAAUCCCUAUCCGGACAGAAAAAAAUGCUUCCCAAUGGAAUCCCCGAAUGUGGCACCGAUGCACUACGGUUUACACUGUGUUCGGCAAACGUGAAAAAUCAUUUCAUUAACUUCAACGUCCAGGAAUGCCACACAAACAAAUUAUUUUUCAACAAAAUUUGGCAAGCUACUCGAUACACACUGGGAUGCGUAGAGCGUUUCAAUCCACCCGAGAAACAACUCGAUAAAGGAUGUCUCACGGAAAUGGAUCGAUGGAUAUUGAGUCGAUUAGGGAAUACAGUUGAGGUGUUUCGAACAUCGCUAGAGGCUUACAAUUUCCAUUUAGGCGCGGCUGCAUGGAAAACCUUUUUCUAUAACAAUUUUUGCGAUGUUUAUUUGGAAACGACCAAAGUAAACAUGAACCCUCAGCUUUUGGCUACUGCCUCCAACCAUUGCCGAGUACUGCAAUACUGUCUUUCACUCGGUCUUUACCAUUUGGAAGUUUUCACACCAUAUUUAGCGGCAGAACUUCGAAAUCAUCUGCCUUCGGUGGAUCUCUCUUUCAAACCUAAAGACUGGAUUGAUUUGACGUUGGAAAAUGAAAUCGCGGAAAUCCUGGAUAUUUGUCAACACGUUCGACAAGCCAAGAGUGAAUUUAGUCCACCUAUUGCUCGGAAACAUGAUCCAGUGCUUCAUAUUUUUUCCAAGUCAGAUCGAUUAACCGAAAUAAUUCAACGUCAAAUGGACAACAUUCAACAGUUGACGUUAUGCAAAGGAGUGAUUCUGAAUAGAACAGAGGCAGAGUUCGAAAAAGCGACAUACACAGCCAAAUCCACUGCUAGUCAUUUAUGCGCAUUUGGAAUACUAACAAAUCAACAACCACCGGUCAAAUUGAAAACGGAACAAACAAUGUCUAGUAGCGAUAAAAAAUUACUCAAAUUGCAAAAAGAAAUGCAUAAAUUGCUGAAUGUAGUGAACAAUGAAGGUUAUAAGAAAUCCGCCAAUGAGAUAAUCCAAAAAAAGCAUCUCGAGAGGAUUCAACAACUCCGGCUGCAGAUCGAGGAUAUGCAAAAAAUGGUGCUGUAGUUAUGCUUAGCCGGUAGGAAUGUAAAUAUAGUUUAACGAAACAAA